AUGUCAGAAGGCUAUACAAAGAUCAAAGUAAACAUUGGCGGUUGUAAAAAUUGUCUAUCUACAGUUCAGCAUAUUAUUGGAGUAUACUGCGGUAUAGAGAAAUACGUUUUUAAUUUUGAAGAAAAUCUUCUGUCAAUACAUCCAUCUCACGCUAAACGAGUAAUAAAUUUGUUGAGAUUUGCUGGAUGGGAUACUGACGAAUGUAAUGAUAAUCCUGAUCUGUCACUUUGCAGUCAACCCAAUGAAGGUGAAGAAAGUAAUGAUGACUUGUAUUUCCUGCCUCAUUUGGAAGAUGAGGUAAAGGCAGGUUUUUCACCACUGUGUAAGAAAAAACGUGUUGAUAAUGAUCUGUCCACUGCAACAUAUCAAAAUCCUUGUACAACAGCUUCAGAAUUGAUAGCUAUUCUUCCACAUGAAGUUGAAUGUUGUCGAUUACAUUUGAUACCAGGUUGGUGUGUAUUGGUUAAAUCAGGUCCUUAUCUAAGUAAAAUUAAUCGAUAUUUGCAAACAUUUCUACCACUCUCAGAGAAAUUUAAUCAUAUUAAACGGAUAGACAGUUGUCGAUCGAAUGGAAGUGGAUCAAUUUAUGUCUUCUUACAGAUAGCUAAACCAAGCUAUACGUGGUUAGAUGCCAGUCAAACUAUAACCUCUAUGAUUGAUUCAUUGAAUAUCAAUUCAUCUGAUGAUAAGGAUAAUAAUGAUAAAAAUAAUGAAAAUAUAAUCACCACUACCCCAACCCCAUGCUGGUUACCAUUUUAUGCCCCGCUGACACGAAAGCAUCAAACACUUUAUUCUUGCUCAAACACUUCAUCAAAAGGCAUAAAUCGUCUAUCAUUGGUCAAAUCGUCAUCUCUUCAACCGAUAGUUAUGGGUUGGCCGUGUACACUACGUGCUUCUCCUGAGUUGGAAGAAUUAUUGAUGGUUGGAAAAGAUUCAUUAACUUCAUCGUAUUUUACACAAUCAGAGUUGGAAAGACAUUCAUCAUGGCUUAAACGUUUUGAAGGUCCACCAUGUGCAGCAAUCAUUGUCAAUCCAGAAACGAAUAUGGCGCUAGCUGAAUCAACUACAUCGACAGCAACAGUUGACAGUUCUUGUUUAGAUCAUGCUGUACUACUUGUUGUAUCCGCUGUUGCUAAUUUGAAGAAAACACCAGAGAAACAAUAUUCUGAAAUCUAUUUGUGUACAGGUUUAGACGCCUAUGUAUCACUUGAACCUUGUUUAAUGUGUGGUAUGGCAUUGCUACACAAUCGUAUCCGACGCGUGUUUUGUUGUCAACGGCUUAAAGAAAGAGGUGCAUUCACAAAUGCAAGUCGUCUUCAUGUCCUAGAACAAUUGAAUCAUCGUUUUCGAGUAUUUGCUCCACCAUCAUAG